CAACAGUUGGAUGGAUCUGGUAUAGCAAGGCAGGCAGAGCUGUUAGAGGGCUACUUAGAGCGUACUGGCAUUUGUUCUGAGAUGCAUGACCCAAUCCCUGUAGUAUUGUCGGAUCAAGGUGUCUCAGCCUUUAAAGGAUUAAACAUCUCAGAAGGUGAAUUAGGGGCAUGGAUGGAAGAAGUACGUAAAGGGAUGUGGGAUAGUUCUAUCUUAGUAGUAGAGUCGAUCGACCGUUUCAGCCGUCAAAAUCCGUUCGAUGUAAUGGGGUAUAUCAAUGCUUUAAUGGCUCACAAUGUAGCUAUCCAUGAUGUAAUGGCUAACAUUGUGAUUAGCCGUAGUAACUCUAAAGAUCUACCUUUUGUAAUGAUGAACGCACAAAGGGCAUAUGAUGAAUCAAAAUAUAAAAGUGAUCGUAUUCGGAAAGGUUGGGCUAAAAAGAGAGAACAAGCCUUUAACAAAGGUACGAUAGUUACAAAUAAACGUCCUCAGUGGAUCGAUGUAAAAGAUGAUAAGUACAUAAUAAAUCAUAAAGCGACUGUAAUAAAAGAAAUAUUUGAACUUUAUAAAACUGGUUUAGGGUGUCCAACUAUUGCUAAAGAACUUCAGAAAAAAGAAGGUGAGCAGUAUAAGUUUAAUCGGGCGUGGACAGGGGAACUUGUACAUAAAAUUCUCACUAACCGCCGUGUUACUGGUAAAAUUUUCAUUUCUGAAACAAUCCGUAACCAUGAUGAUUUAGAUAAUCCAGUAACACAGAAGAAGUACCAAAUGAAUGUCUAUCCAGUAAUAGUUAAUGAAGAUGAAUUCGAAUUAGUACAGGAUUUACUGAAAUCUCGACGUCCUAAUGCUGGACGUGUUACCGUAAAGAAAACUGAUAACGAAGAAGUAUUAAUUAAAAGUAAUCUCUUUAGCGGUAUUGCCCGUUGUAUGGAUUGCGGCGGGCCAAUGUACCAUAAUGUUGUACGUGCUAAACGUACUCCGAAGAAAGGUGAGCCAAAAGUUGAGGAAUAUAGAUAUAUUCGUUGCCUCAGUGAACGUGAUGGACUUUGUAACAACAAAGCAAUGACCUAUGAAACAGUAGAGCGUUUUGUCGUAGAGCACUUGAUAGGGAUGGAUAUUAGUACUGUAAUAAAGGAGCAAGAGUUUAAUCCAGAAUUAGAAGUAAUACGUAUUCAGAUUGAUCAAGUCAAGGAUCAGAUUGCUAACUAUGAAAAUGGUAUUGAACGUCGUAAAAGUGUUGGUAAGGUUAUAUCUUUUGAAAUGCGUGAAGAGUUGGAUGAUGCAAGAUUACAAUUAGAAGAACUGUUAGCACGGAAAGCAUCAUUAGCCACUGUAAAUGUUGAUAUACCAGUACUAAAGAAUGUAGAUGUCAAUGAAUUGUUUAAUGUGAAUAACGUAGAUAUUCGUACACGCUAUGAAAAUGAACUAAACAAGAUUGUUUCCACUGUUCGUUUAAAACGAGUAGAUGACUCAUAUAUUAUUGAUAUAAAAUACAUUAACAAUGAUCUUAAAAGGCAUGUCAUUUUUGUAGAACAUAAGAAGAAAGAACAAAAAUUAAUUGGUGAUGUGAUCAUUGAAAAUAUUGACGGUACAAUUUUAUAUUCGACCUCUUCAUUCUGGAUCAGGGUAAAAGAUGGAGCAAUACUUUUUAAACAGACUAAAGAUGAUCUUUCUAUAAUUGAUUAUCAUAUACUGCUGAACUAUGUAGACGGUUUAGAGAGAGACAAUAUGGUAGCUGUAUGGAUGCGACAUAAUAUCAAUUUCUUAUUCGGUAAAAUACCAGUUGAAAUGUUAGAAGGUUGGCAGAUUUGGCUUGACGACGUGACUAAUUUUCAUUCAUUCAAAAAUAUUAAUGACGAUAAUCAGAGAAUCAAAGACAUUAUAUAUCAUGAUCUAAUGCAGGAGCAUGAGAUUGUCGAUGAGGAAAAGGGACAAUACUUAACAGCCAAAAAGAAAACAGUUAAAGGGCACUUAAUAAACAAAAUCGCACAGGAACUUUCGGUUAUCAGUGAAAAUGAUAUUUUCAUCAUGAACAAGGAUUACUUUGACGAUCCAGGGAAAGUGCAAUUGAGUAUUCUUGGAUGGAAAGAUCUCAGUAAGUAUCUUGGAUUACCUGUAAAUUUUAUGGGGGCGAACUUCGAAAACUCAUUGAUUUAUAAGGCAAGACCAGAAAUAUUUGAACAAAUCAGUCUGGAUGAUCUGCAACAACGAAAAGUACCUUUAACUGAACGCCUCAAAGUAUACUAUUUCUCAGAAAAUAUAAAAUUAUCAAAAACAUGGAAGGACAGAAGCCCCGCUCAACUCCAGCGUGUUUAUGCUUACCUCUCUGAAGUACUCGAAGGCCAGGAAUACUACUGGACGAACAACAAUACCGAUAAACAGAAGCUACAUGAGGCUUACAGAAUAAGCCCUGAUGCGAGGGGGCAUAACGACUACAAAGAUCGACAUACAUGCGUCUGGUUAGCCUGUAUGCGUCCUGACGACACGGAAGCGAAGCUGUGUGAGUUGCUAUUGAAGAUUACAGGUGAGGAUAUCCAUCAAGCGAGAGAAUACGAGAGCCUUCACCAGUUCGCGUUGAGAGGGGUAUCACGUCAAUUCGAUAGUACAGAACAGCAAACGGUUUAUGUAUUUGAUAAAUGGCAGGCUGAGUCAUUAAGUACAAAUAUUGAACAUAUUCCCGGAGUGCUGGAAAACGUAGCACCAGGUGUACCAGGAAGGCCAAAAGGAGCCACAAACGCUAACAGACUGCCUGCAUUGAGUGAUACAAAAUCGAAACGUUUCAGUCGCUGGAAAAAGGACAAUCCGGGGCUUGAGUUAGAGGCAUUCAAAGCGUUUCUUGCAAGUACUGUCAACGCGGAUCUCAGUACUGACGAUACUACGGCUAUGUGGGGCAGAUACCAGAAAGCAGUACAAAAAAGAGAUGCAAAUUCAGUCCGAAACACCGACAUGAAAAGCAGCAGCAUGUCCAAAAAUAACCCCUUAUAA